GGAAGUGGCGGGCGGCCCCGCCCCCUGCCGGGGUGUCUGUGGAAUCGCGGACGCGCCGGCUUUGAGCAUCCCUGGCCGCCCAGGCGGGCGGUCUCCGGGUUGCGGCUCGGGCGCUUUUGGCUUGGCCCGCCCUCGACAUGGCCAGCUUCGGAGAGGACAAGUCCAACGAUGGUGAGGUGUCCCCUGCAGUGGCCACUGUGGCAGGUGGCGCCCACUUGUUGGGCUUCUCUGACGAGAUCCUCCUGCACAUCCUGAGCCAUGUCCCCAGCACAGACCUGAUCCUGAACGUCCGGCUCACCUGCCGGAAGCUGGCGGCCCUGUGUUUGGAUAAGAGCCUCACUCACACCGUGCUGUUGCAGAAGGACUAUGAGGCCAGUGAGGACAAGGUGAAGCGGCUGGUGAAGGAGAUUGGCCGAGAGAUCCAGCAGCUCAACAUGGCUGGCUGCUACUGGCUGUCGGGCUCCACCAUCGAUCAUGUGGCCCGCUGCCGUAGCCUGGUGAAGGUGAACCUCUCGGGCUGCCACCUGACCUCUUUGCGCCUCUCCAAGAUGCUAUCAGCCCUGCAACACCUACGCUCAUUGGCCAUUGACGUGGGCCCGGGCUUCGAUGCUGGCCAGCUGAGCAGCGAGUGCAAGGCCACGCUGAGCCGCGUGCAAGAGCUGAAGCAGACACUGUACACACCCUCCUAUGGUGUGGUGCCCUGCUGCACCAGCCUCGAGAAGCUGCUGCUCUACUUUGAGAUCCUGGACCGCACGCGUGAGGGCGCCAUUCUCUCUGGCCAGCUCAUGGUGGGCCAGAGCAACGUGCCCCACUACCAGAACCUGCGUGUCUUCUACGCCCGCCUGGCCCCGGGCUACAUCAACCAGGAGGUGGUGCGGCUCUACCUUGCUGUGCUCAGUGACCGCACACCUGAGAACCUGCACGCCUUCCUCAUUUCCGUGCCUGGAAGUUUUGCUGAGAGCGGGGCCACCAAAAACCUGCUGGACUCCAUGGCCCGCAAUGUUGCGCUGGAUGCCCUGCAGCUACCCAAGUCCUGGCUCAAUGGCUCGGCCCUCCUGCAGCACAUGAAGUUCAACAACCCCUUUUACUUCAGCUUUAGCCGGUGUACUCUGUCCGGUGGCCACCUGAUCCAGCGGGUCAUCAACGGUGGGAAGGACCUUCGUAGCCUGGCAAGCCUGAAUCUCAGUGGCUGUGUCCACUGCCUGUCCCCAGACUCCCUGCUCCGCAAGGCGGAGGACGAUAUUGACAGCAGCAUCCUGGAGACGCUGGUGGUGACCUGCUGCAACCUGCGGCACCUCAACCUCUCGGCUGCCCACCACCACAGCUCUGAGGGCCCGGGCAGGCACCUGUGCCAGCUGCUGGCCCGGCUGCGCCAUCUGCGCUCCCUGUCACUGCCCGUGUGUUCUGUCGCUGACUCAGCGCCUCGUGCUGACCGAGCACCUGCCCAGCCUGCCAUGCACGCUGUGCCCCGCGGUUUUGGCAAGAAGGUCCGCAUCGGUGUGCAGUCCUGUCCCAACCCCUUCUUGGGGCAGGCGGUCCCCCAGCCCUCCUCCGUGUUCUGGUCUUUGCUGAAGAAUGUGCCCUUUCUGGAGCGCCUCGAACUGAUUGGGUCCAACUUUUCCUCCGCCAUGCCACGCAACGAGCCAGCCAUCCGAAACUCCCUCCCACCCUGUAGCCGGGCGCAGAGUGUGGGGGACUCAGAGGUGGCUGCCAUUGGCCAGUUGGCCUUCCUGAGGCACCUGACACUGGCUCAGCUGCCCAGCAUUCUGACGGGCUCCGGGCUGGUCAGCAUUGGCCUGCAAUGCCAGCAGCUCCAGUCCCUCUCACUGGCCAACCUGGGCAUGAUGGGGAAGGUGGUCUACAUGUCCGCUCUCUCUGACAUGCUGCAGCACUGCAAGCGGCUGAAGGACCUCAGACUGGAGCAGCCCUACUUCAGCGCCAACGCCCAGUUCUUCCAGGCCCUGAGCCAGUGCUCCACGCUGCAGCGUUUGUGCCUGGUCUCCCGUAGUGGCACCCUGCAGCCCGAGGCUGUUCUGGCCUUCAUGGCCCGCUGCCUGCAUGUCGUCGUGUGUCACAUGUUCACCGGGGAGUCGCUCGCCACCUGUAGGAAUCUGCAGCAGUCCCUCCUCCGAAGUUUCCAGGCCGAGCGGCCCGCACUGAACGUCAUCAUCUUCCCUCUGCUCCAUGAGGGCCUGACUGACGUCAUCCGGGACGUCCCCAUGAUGCAUCUGGAUGAGAUCACCUUGUUUAAAAGCAGAGUGGCUGAGGAGCCACCAAACCUGUGGUGGUGACAGCACCAGCAAAACUGCUUCUGUCGGCGGAGCCUCCUUGCCUGCAUCCUCAGCAGCCAAGGAGGCAGGACUGUUGAGAUGGGCAUGUGACCUCCAACUGCUGCUGCAGCCCCCACUUCUGCUCUUCACCUGGCAGCAGACCCCAGGAGCCUGCCAGACACUGGACCCCUUGAUGUGUUGCAGAGGAAGGAAGCCACUCUUCCUGCCCUCUUCCCCCACCCAGGACUUCCAGCGCUUCCUCUCGCGGUCUCUCGGGAGGACUUCUCACUCGGUGAAAUUUGGACUGAGAUGACAAGAGGAGGACACGGCAGGAAGAGCCCUUGUUGGGGCGACCUGCAGGCCUGGCGGCGGGUGUUCCUGAACAGAGACACGGAUGCCAGAGUGCUGACUCCUCGGGGCCCAACCAGGUCUUCAGUGCUACGUGCUGCUGUGCUGCUGCCCUCGCUUUAGCUCCUGUGUCCCUUUGCUCCUGCCUUCCUGGUCACCUGCCAUCUGGCUUUGUGGAGGGGUGCACUGAGGCCUGGUGCUGGGGUGACCAUGCAUGUGGGCAGACAUACUUGUCCACGCUGACAUCUAUGGCUGCAAGGCCAGUGACCAUAUGUCCCCCAGCCCCUGCCUCAGGCCAGCUGUGGGUGUGACACGUGAGGAGCAAAUUCUAUGGUUGCAGAUACAGGGCUCUCCUUCCUUCUGAGACACAUUUUAGCCCAAUUGUGUCUAGUUUCUAGCCAGAUAACAUCAGACAAGUUCAGGAGCAGUGGCCUGGCGGGGACCCCUAGGGCCUGGAUUGCUGCGUGGGGUCCAGGUUUGAGCCUGCCACAUGCUAGUCAUAUAUUUAGCUUUAGCAACUUCAGUCAUCUGUAAGAUCUCUGUUUCUGGGAGGAGACAGACACACACACACACACGCACAUACACGCACACACACACACACACACACACACACACCCUUUAUUAGAAUAACUUGGAAUAUUAAAACCCAGAAAGGAUGUUGAAAGCUGGAGUAAGUGAUCGGACUAUCCCAUUUCAGAUAGCUUUAUGUUGCACUUUAAAAAACUUCAACUUAGCUACUCCAAAAAUGUGGUCCAGGGCUAACCCUGUGCCAAGCCCAAUGCCUCUGCCUUUUCACCCACAGGGUUCCCCAGGGCCAUCACCCCCUUGGCUGGUGGGCCUCUAAGGGGUCCCCUCUGCCUCCUGCUCUGGAGACAUGCAGGCUGUGGCCUCAGCUUCCACCCAACACGUGCCUCAGUCUCUACAAAGGCUGCCUCCCCAGGACCCUGGCAGGCUGGACCUCUCUUGCCCUGGCCUCCCUGCUAGGCUGAGGGCCCUAUAGGCACGGCUGGAGCCCAUCUUGGCUUUUCUCCCAGUGGUCCCAAUAGCUCGGCCCUCUUCCUACUUGUUUCCAUGGAUAAUUGCCCCCAUUCCCCAUGGCUGGCCCUUCUGUUCCCGGCUGUGAUCCCCAGCAUUUGUUUGCCUGCCCUUCCCGAUUUCUCGGGGCAAACAGUUCAUAGCCUCCUGCUCUUCUCCCACCCACCACGGGCAGGGUACUCCAGGAACCUAGCAACCUUCCAACCGCGCUGGUGGGAACCGGUGCCUUUGGAUUUGGGGCCUGGCAAAAUCGCAGUUUUUGAAUGCUCUGGCUAGUUCUGUCAGCACACCUUGGUCUCGUGACUUGGGCCUGUCCUGAGGCUCAGGCACUAUGCUCAGUUCCUGACUGAGUGGAGGGUGUGUUUGUGCAGGUGGGGCUGGGGUUUGUCCCCUUCCUCUCACCUUGUUUUUCUUACUACGAGUGUCCUCUCUCCACCGCAGCCUGCAACUGGCCAUUCUUUGCCAUCUAGUAGAGGCAUAGUCUGCGCCUGCCUUCAGGUGAAUGCCCCACAGCAGGUGCCACCUAGAGCCUUCACCCUUUAGGUCCCAACCUGGCAUGAGGGCUACACCUGGGCCUCAAUUCCUCACGGCCUGGCAGGCUGCCCUGGCCCCCAGAAAGGCAGGACCAAGGUCCCUAUUAGACCCAUGACUGUGGAUGAGGGUCGGUGGGAGCACCCUCCUCGCUGAUUUCUGGGUAUUUCUGUCAGAUGGCAUUAGAGACCACCAGGCCAGGGUGACCAGGAAGGGUGGUGUGGGGACUGACCACUUCUUGUCCAAGCCAGGGGGUGAGCAGUCGCUGCCUGAGUAGCACAGACUGUGGCCUGGAGGGAGGCAGGUAGCCUUGCCAACUCCGGGACCCCUGUGUAUCAGGCCCACCCACCCCAGCACCUGGGUGGCUCUGGUGGCCUUUCAUCCAGAUCAACGUUGGCUCAGGCAGAGAGUGUGCUUUCCUCUAGGAGUUUAUCCAAAGGCAGAAUUGUUGCACGCUCUGGCCAGGAGGGCUUGUUUUCAUGAGCAAGCAGUUUUAACCAGCAGCAUAAUUUAUACCAAUAAACAGAGCUGGGGAGGGCCAUUUGUGAGAGGCUGGGGGUGCACACUGCCUUGAUAGGCAACCCCUAAACAGUAGACUUGUAUUUUUAGUGUCCCCUGCAACCAUCCUUUUACUUAGAGCAAGAAUUGCCGCUGCUUCUACACCCAAGACAGGAUUCACCAGAUGUUAAUAAUGUGGUUAUUCUCGCUAAGUGCUAUUUUGGCACCAGUGUUAAUUGCAAUUUAUAUUCUGCAGCAUUUUACGCUGGGAAAAGAACCCACCCUAAUGGUCCCCAAUUGGCAGAACUGGGUUGUUAAGCGACCGACCAUAUGCUGCCUGCUGAGAGGGGCCUGGUCAGCACUUGCGUGUGUGUGUCUGUGUGUGUGUGUGUGUGUUUUUGGUCUGUGCACAUGUGAGUGCAUGUGUGUACAUCUCUGCCUGUGAGUGCGUCUGUGCAUGCUGUGUGUGAGGGACAGCAGGGGAUAUGGGAAGGAGAAAGGAGGGGAACAGGGCAUUUAUCCCUUUGUUAAAAAGAGCACCCACUGAUCUCCCAAGGCUGCCUCUCCUGCCUCUGCCCCACCUCACCCUUAGCACCCAAGGCCAUCUCCCCCACCUGCUGUGCGUCUGCCUCCCGUGGCCCUGCACUCUGGGCUUUGCUGACCCAUCACCAGCAACACUGAUGCCAGUGUGAAGGGGCGCUCCAGAGGCCCAAGGGGAGCAGGAACCCUGCCUGGACCCACAGGCUCCCUUCCCUCUUCUGAGUGGCUUUCUCAUUUGCACAUACAUGUAUUUUUCCCCAAGUCCAAGGAGGCUGGAUUAGGGACAUCUGUUUCUUACAACAAGGGUCUUUCCCUGCCUGUCAUCUGUCCAGGGGUUCCAUCUCUGGGAGGCCUCUGAGUCUGUGUGCACUGUGCACGUGGUGUGGGGCUCUCCUCGCCUCAGACCCAGGCUGGGCCCUGAGAUUGGUGCCCCUCCCCUGGGCAGCUGUGUGGGGCUGGGUUUUUAAGACCACAGGCCCUUAACUGGCCCCUCUGCCAAGACCCAGAGGCAUAGGUCAUUCAACUGAGGGGACAGAAGCAUCGUCUGGGCAGGGUAAGAGGUCAGUGGAGCAGUGCCGUAGGAGUCCAGGAAGGUGGGUCUCUGCUGACCACAAGUGUCUGAAACCAGCAACCCUCCCAAGUCCAGGGCCUGUUCUGGCCUUGCAGAAAGGCCCUGAUGGGCCCAUCCUCCACUGAGUGGCCAGAGGGCUGUGGGAGAAAACCCCUGCCCCUCUUGUCUAUAUUUGUUCCUUUAGAGUUUGAAAAUUGCUGAGACUUUGUAAGAGAAAAUGAGAAAGUAGUGGAUUAGGAUGGUGAGCGGUGACUGUUGGGAGUGGGGCCCAGUGAUUUCAGUCGUACAUGAGGUGAGGGAAACAUGUACCUGGUCCUAUGGAUGUACACAGAGACGUGGAUGGAGAUGCCAACACCUGUGGGCCCCCCUCCUUUCACAGGAAAGGGGUGGACUGCAGGAGGGGCUCACUCUCCUAGUGAUGGUCAGCAGUCCCUCUGGUUGGGCACAGGGCCCACGAGAAGUUUCUAAGGUCCACUGGGCAUGGUGAAUAAAAACCCCUGGAAAUAGAGAAUCUGAGUGUGACGCAGGCUGGCCAGUGUCCUCUAAAUUAUGCUCUUCUAAAGCUCUUUCAGGAAACACUGAAUAUCAGUGUUAAUGUCACAGGGCCCCUGCUGCACCCCACUCUGCCUGGGGGAUCUGGGAACCCAGUGCUGCUCAUUAGCUGGGUUCUGGCUGAAAGUGAAACUGAAGCAGAAGCUGCUGUUGAGCUAAACCCCACAUGGGAUCUCCUCGUGCACCCUGACACUGCGGGGCCGCCACCGCUCCAGGGGAGUGUGUGCAGCGGCAUGUGGUGCACAGUGGUGUGUGUGUGUACGUGGGGCUCUGGAUACCCCACACUUGCUCCGUAUGCCCCUCUGUCCGUAGCCCGUCCACAUGUGGCUUGACUGGAAAGAAUUGAGCUCAGCAUGUUUUUAAGGGGGCUGGGGUGAGCCAGCCAGGGGGGCUCACAGUAUGUUGUGACCAGGUGCUAAAUAACCCAAUAUGUGUCACUUGCCUUUUGACAACACCUCAUUUGUCUGGUGAACUGCCCUCGUGUGGUGUCUCACAAUGACGCCUGCUCCUGAAUUUUGUGCUCAAACUACAUCUUGGGUGUUCCAAUGUAAAGUUGUGGCAUGUGAAAAAUUUCAAAUAAAGUGGACUUGACUUAGAAGACCAGUUGGCCGUGUGGUCCUGCCAGUGCUCCCCAGCCUUUCCCUUGUGACCCUCUCCCAGUCCUGGGGCU